GAUGAUGUCUAAGAAGACCCCCCAGUGUUCGGUGGCAGAUCAGCCGGAGCACGAUCAGCCUCAGGUGGACCGGUCCUCAAACGCAGCUCUGGGGUGUAGGAACAAGACUGAAUCAGGUCAGAGAAACGGAGAGACGGCGUCCUCUUCCCCGGAGAGUGGCAGCAUGAACGGAGACGGGAAGCGCAGCGGCAAGAGCCGCCGCCGCAAGAAACGUUCAUCUAAUCCUGAGAGCAGCGCUGAAGAGAAGGUCAGCAGCGAGACCAAGGCCGAAGUGAAGCCGGAGAAAAAGGCCAGGCAGGCAUCUGAGCCCCGUGCCGGUCUGAUUGGGCUGCAGUCCGAGUGUGCCAAUGUGUGGUUUGAGCGCAGCAUCUACGAGCGGGCCGAGAGCCUCUAUCAGUGCUGGUUGGCGGGUUCUUCCAAUGGGACCACCCAGUCAAACCGGUCACCUCCGGCCCCGAGCAAACACUCAAACUCUCCGUCAACUGCGGCUCCAUCUUUCUCUGGACCGGUUUGCCGCCACAGCGAUCAGGUGGCCUGUCACCAUGUUGUUGAGGACGUGUGGGUGAACAAGACGACCUUCGACCGAGCAGAACAUCGCUUUGUUGAAGAAUCUGUGCAGCCGUCCGUUCCAAACUCUCUGGACCUCCCAUCCCCACCCGAGCGCUCCAUCGCAUCAAGAACCCCCGACGAAGGAUAUCAAUCUCUGGCGCCGACUCCUGCAACCCCUGUCCUCCAGCAGGCAGCCGUCACACCAACCAGUCGACAGUCGAUUAACGGACUGCCUCGCUUCCCGGUGGAGUUGCUCAGAGAGGUGUGGCUGGAGAAACCACUGUAUGACCGCGCUGAAGCAGCCUUCUACCAGAAUCUGUACGGCAACAAUUCCUCUAAGCGCUCCAGCUGCGCCUCCUCAUCCAGAAAUGGCGAGCACCCUCAAAGCCUUGUAGAAGAGGAAGAGGAGGAGGAAGCGGUGGUGGAGGAGGAGGAGGUAGUGGAGGAAAAACGUGUGGUCCAGCCGGGCAAAGCGGAAAUCUUUCAUGCUCUGCACCCGAUUCAAGAAGAAGAGGAGCCAGCUGAGGUCCCGGAGAAAGAAGAAGUAUCGGGGGUAGGGGGAGUCUGCUACUUCCUUCACCCGGACAACGAGCGGGUGUGGCUGGACAAGUGGCGGUAUGAUGCCGCAGAGAGCCGUUUCCAUGGCUACAGUGGAGAUAAAGACGUGGUGGUGGAGAAGAAGGGUCGGAGGCCAGAAGCGGACGCCUCAUCAGUUGCCUCCACGGCCCCACUGAGGGACAACACGAUGAGCUUAGUCGACUUUCUGGCCCAGGAGAAGAUCUGGUUUGACAAACCUCGCUAUGACGAGGCAGAGAGACGCUUCUAUGAACGCAUGAACGGCUCCUCACAACCAGCACAGGAUGCUGGAGCGAACAGCAUUCUGCAGGACAUCGCACGGGCUCGAGAAAACAUCCAGAAAUCUCUCGCUGGACUCAAGACAACACUGUGUCAGAGAGAGUCUGCUCAACCUUCCAUGAGCCAACACCCAAAGUUUAGCACCACCAGCAGCACCAGCGGUGCAGCAGCUGAUCAAGGAGAAAUCAUCUCUCGCAUCAACAGCCUGGAGCUGGAGAACCAGAGCCUACACAAAGUGGUCGACGACUUGCGAGCAGCUCUUUCCAAACUAGAUUGUCGAGUAGCAGUUCUGGAGAAGUCUCCUGGGACCCCGGCUCCUGCUCCGUCAGUCCCCUACACAAACGGCACUUCGGUCCAGCAGAAGACCAGCGCCCCAGUUAAAGAGGAAGACGAUGAUGAAGACGACGAUGACGACGACAUUGACCUGUUCGGCAGCGACGACGAUGAAGAGGCAGAGAAUCUGAAACAACAGAGAUUGAAAGAAUACGCGGAGAAGAAGGCCAAGAAGCCCACCAUCAUCGCCAAGUCCUCCAUCUUAUUGGAUGUCAAACCUUGGGACGAUGAGACGGACAUGGGGAAGCUUGAGGAGUGUGUGCGCUCGGUCCAGGCUGACGGUUUGUUAUGGGGCACAUCCAAGCUGGUUCCCGUGGGUUACGGCAUCAAGAAGCUCCAGAUUGCGUGUGUGGUGGAGGACGACAAGGUGGGAACCGACUUGUUGGAGGAGGAGAUCACCAAGUUUGAAGACUUUAUCCAGAGUGUCGACGUAGCUGCUUUCAACAAGAUCUAAUCCCAGUCUGUCUUUUUUUUCUGUUUCCCGUCUGUCAUCACGCCUUGUUUCUCUGCUGAUUUGUGUCAACGGUUAAUAAUAAUAAUAAAAAUCCAACUCGAGCACUAAAGCUA